AGCUACUUUGCCGCUUUGGACGCGGUAUGCAGUCUCCUCGGACGCGGCGGUGGAAGCGUUGCUGAGAGCCCAUUGGCUAUCAAACGGCCAAUGGCGUGGGUCUUGAUUGCUUGGGAUCUUCCCUGGAGGAAUAUUCCGGUUCGCUGCGCACCGCUGUAGUUUUUCUGAAGGGUUUCCCUAAUGUGAGAAUGACAGCUAUCAAAAUGGCGGAGGGCAAUAGAGAAAAGUGAUGAGGACAGGGCAACAAAUGAGACAACUAUCCUCAAUUUAUUAUAUUAUUCUCACUUUUCAUCGGAUAUUCUCGAAAACAUUUAAGGUUUGGUGAGACUUGUGCAGAGCAUAGUUUGUUCUUCUGUUGAAGAUUUAGCUAGCUAACGUUAGCUAGUUUGCUAUCUGCGGAAGAGGCACAACUUCAAGACAUUGCAGCUAAAAAAACAAGCAAUGGUUUUGAGCUGAUUCCUUGAUAGCUAGGGACUUUGUAAAUCCGGCAUUUUAAUUCCAGCAACGCAAGGUAUCAUUAGCUGGACUUAAACAGCUUUGCACUCCUCCGAUUUGGGUUAGCUACUGUAACUCAUUUAGCUAGCAAACAAAGUGGCGUCAACUGAAUACGAAUUUUGUUGAUUGUUUAUUUUAUGACGACAUGGCUCAUUCCCCGGUUCAGAGUGGCAUUCCAGGGAUGCAGAACUUUAAAGCUGAUCCGGAGGAGCUGUUCACCAAGCUGGAGAGGAUCGGGAAAGGCUCUUUUGGAGAGGUGUUCAAAGGCGUUGACAAUCGGACUCAGAAAGUAGUGGCCAUUAAGAUAAUUGACCUCGAGGAGGCUGAGGAUGAAAUCGAAGACAUUCAACAGGAGAUAACGGUCCUCAGCCAGUGUGACAGUCCCUUUGUAACCAGGUAUUACGGAUCAUAUCUGAAGGAUGCAAAAUUAUGGAUUAUUAUGGAAUAUUUAGGAGGAGGAUCAGCUCUGGAUCUAUUGGAGCCCGGUGCCUUGGAUGAAACCCAGAUUGCCACAAUUCUCAGAGAGAUUCUGAGGGGACUUGAGUACCUGCACUCUGAAAAGAAAAUCCACCGAGAUAUUAAAGCCGCUAACGUGUUGCUAUCGGAGCAAGGAGACGUGAAGCUGGCAGACUUUGGAGUGGCGGGGCAGUUAACGGACACCCAGAUAAAGAGGAACACGUUCGUGGGCACUCCCUUCUGGAUGGCACCUGAAGUCAUAAAACAAUCUGCGUACGACUCAAAGGCGGAUAUAUGGUCGCUAGGUAUAACAGCCAUAGAGCUAGCCAAAGGAGAGCCACCCUACUCAGAGCUUCACCCUAUGAAGGUCUUAUUCGUCAUCCCAAAGAACAACCCGCCCACCCUGGAAGGAAACUACUGCAAACCCCUCAAAGAAUUCAUAGAAGCCUGUUUGAACAAAGAGCCCAGCUUUAGGCCAACUGCCAAAGAGCUGCUAAAACACAAGCUGAUCAUCCGGCACGCCAAGAAGACGUCCUACCUUUCAGAGCUGGUGGACAAGUACAAGAAGUGGAAAGCAGAGCAGUCUCGGGAGGACUCCAGCGACGACGAGUCGGACUCUGAGCAGGAUGGCCAGGCGUCUGGAGUGAACGACUCUGGGAAUGAUGACUGGAUCUUCAACACCAUCAGGGAGAAGGACCCCAAGAAGUUUCUGAAUGGUGCCGCCCAGUUUGAUGAGCCGGAGAGGAACAAGGUGCAAGACAAUCCAGAAAGGCCUCUGUCACAGAGCUGGUGCGCUAUCAUUUCACCUUUGUUUGCUGAGUUAAAAGAGAACCAGGUUGAGGCAACCAAUGGCAAGCCAGAGGCUGUGGACGAGCUGAGGGAGGCCGUUUUCAUGUCAGAGGAGUCCUGUCCUGGUAUCUCUGACGCCCUGGUGUCUGAACUAGUGCACAGACUACAGAGGUUUUCUCUACCCAGGGCCUCAUCCUCCCAGUGACACCCCCACCCACCCCCCUCUCACCCCUACAGUAGCAGCAGUCCGUCAGUCCAUGGCCUCUGACAUCAACAGCCGUAAUGAAGUCUCCCAGGAAGUUCUCAUCACUCAUUCAUUCACCUAAAGCAAAACCUCAGCCCACUUUUUUUAUCUCUACUUAACAUAUAUUGUCCCGCAAAGUGACUGGCCGUUGGUGACUGGCCGUUGGUGACUGGCCGUUGGUGACUGGCCGUUGGUGACUGGCCGUUGGUGACUGGCCGUUGGUGACUGGCCGCAAUGGGACUGGCCGCAAUGGGACUGGCCGCAAUGUGACUGGCCGCAAUGUGACUGGCCGCAAUGUGACUGGCCGUUGGUCAGCUGCCACUUUGACUGACAACUGCUGUAAGACCUUUUGGGCUCAAUACCUCCGAUAUGAAUGCAGGACCAUUGAUUCAAACAUUUGGUGUGGCUUAUUCCUAAAAGGUCCUGUAGCCUUUCGGGGAGGAUCUAACUCUCUUGUGUGUGUGUGUGCGCAUGUGAGCAUCUCCCUUGAGAUCCUGUGAAAUGUGCGGUAGAGAUUGAAGCUUUCUUUUCAAAACUCAGGUAUCCUGCUUUUAAGUGGAUGGGGUCUUCUGGGAGAAUUAAGAGAUCUGUUGGGUGGCUGUACAAACUUGUAAAUAGGCACAUUUUUACAAAUAUUGAGAAAUAAUGGAGUGUUCGCAAAGGAAUCUCUGUGUACAAGUGGCCAAAUGCUUCUGUACAUAUAUUCUGUUAGAAAGGGUCAAUGUUUAAAGAGACAUGUAAAUGGUCAUAACGGAGAUUGCCUGGCCUUUAUUACUUGUUCUUUUGUAUUUCAGUCAUGGAUUCCCUCUUGUUUUAAUACAUUAUCUUGGAUUCCCUCUUGUUUUAAUACAUUAUCUUCGAUUUCCACUUGUUUUAAUACAUUAUCUUCGAUUUCCACUUGUUUUUAAAUACAUUAUAUUGGAUUCCCUCUUGUUUUAAUCAUACAUUUUCAAGGACACAUCCAUUCAAUGACAAUUGCUUCCCUCUGUCGUGUUUUUAUGUUAAUUGAAACUUUGGCCACUUUUUUUUUGUUUCUUUUAAAUGCUGUUUGACCUUUUUGAUGUCACACUCCACGACAUGGCUGUAGUUGCCAUGCAGUGCAGAGCACAGGAACAGAGUCUUUUCAGCUGGACUACUUCUAACCCUCUUUAGUCUUGACACUGGGUUCUAUGUUCUCUGGCCUUCACGAGACAACAUGGUUUCAUGACCAGAUGUCUGUUGGAUUGUUCCUCUGUCAUGUCACCUGUGUAAAAUGAUUGCUUUUGUUCUAUUGAAGGUUCCUCUUUUCUCUUUUCUUAUUAACAUAACGGUAAAUUCAACUACAUCAUCCCACAACAGACACGUCUUCUUUGGAACUGCAGUGGUACAAUCUAUUCCCAACAGCUUGAAUUGCACUUUUAAAAUUAAAGCCUUUUAAAAGAAAAUAUUGUAGACAAAGUAGCCGUAAGGACCGCGUGAUCAUUAUUGUACAGGCAUGUGUCAAUGCUACAUAAGACAACUGUCUACCCGAGGCAACACAGCUUGGAGCACAGCAUAACAGAACAAUGUAAAUGUGAAUUCCACCCAAAGUUUAGUUGAAAAGGAUUGCAGAAGUGCAUUAUGGAGUGUUCAUACUAGUUGACGUAGAGUAGCAGAAAGCCAGCAGCCAUUAGGAAGCAUACCGCACUUCCCUGCUGCUACUGACCCCCCCCCCCCCCCCCCCCCCCCGUGUAGUUUUAAAUGAAUGUGUGUUAAUGUACAAGCAUUUCGCUACACCCACUAAACACGUGUUUCCAUAAAGUUUAAUUUGAUGAAAAAUAACUCCUGUGACUUGGCCUACACACUAUCUAUUUAACGAGGCAAGUCAGUUAAGAACAAAUUCUUAUUUACAAUGACGGCCUAGGAACAGUGAGUUAAACUGCCUUGUUCAGGGGCAGAACGCUCUAAAUACUAUACCUUCAUAAAUCACACAGAAGUAUGAACACUGGGUUCCUAUGGGAUUUCAACAGCUACUGAAAAGCCUCUUUGUAUUAGCUGUGUUCAGAACCAAUGUGAGAGUAUUGAACUGUUUUUUUUUCUGAGUUUUGGGCAUUUGGUACCCCCUGUUUGAUUCCACUUCUGUUGACCAACAUUUGAGUGGACCCCUUUUUCUCUAUUUCCAUUAUUCCCCUUAUGUCACACAUGAAAGUGCCAUGUAUGUAAACGCCCAUCUUUUUUUGGUUUUGUAAUUUGCACCUUGUGGAGACAACUGUCCGGUUUGAUUCUUUCAGUGUUGCACUUUGUAAGCGUUUUCUUCAGGAUUCAAGUAAGAAAAAUGGUACUUGAGGCCAUGGUUUUUUUCGUUGUCGUAUCUUACAUGAUUACUAGUAAACCUUUUGAGUAUGGCAAUAAAGCAGUGGGGUCGUCAGGACACAUUUGUCAGCACAGGUAUAUGCUACCGAACAAGAAUAUUUUUUAUAACUCACACGAGCAGUAUGUAUAGAAUAAAAAAAUAUUUGUCCUCUGUUAUUAAUGAUUAUCACAUUUAAAAAAAAAUAAUGAAAUGUCAUUUUCUGUAACAUUGCGGACAGUUUAUAGUCCUGUAUAUAAUCAUUGCUUAUGUCACUCAAAUUCCAAGGUAUUGGGAGUCUUUGUAAGCUUUCAAGUGAUUAAAAUCGAAUGCAAAUUUAAAUGGA